GGGCCGACCGCCGCUCGGAGCAGCGCGUCCCGGACGGCGUGCGGGCGUGCGGGCGCGGGGCGACGGCGGCCCCGCAGCGACAUGUGACCAUGGACCGCAGGACCAGGGAAAAUCCAGAAAGAACUUUCGACUUGGUAUUAAAAGUGAAGUGUCAUGCCUCUGAAAAUGAAGAUCCUGUGGUAUUGUGGAAAUUCCCAGAGGACUUUGGAGAUCAGGAAGUUCUGCAGAGUGUGCCCAGGUUCUGUUUUCCCUUCGAUGUGGAAAGGGUGUCUCAGAAUCAAGUUGGACAGCACUUUACCUUCGUCCUGACAGACGUGGAGAGUAAGCAGCGAUUUGGGUUCUGCAGGCUCACGUCUGGAGGCAGAAUUUGUCUGUGUAUUCUUAGUUACUUGCCAUGGUUCGAAGUAUAUUAUAAACUUCUAAAUACUCUGGCAGAUUACUUGGCCAAGGAACUGGAAGAUGAUUUGAACGAAACUCUUAAAUCACUCUAUAGCCACCCAGUACCGAAGGCAAACACUCCCGUCCACUUGAGUGUGAACCAAGAGCUAUUUAUUGCCAGUGAGCAAGUUCUGAAAGAUGACCCCUCACUAAUGCCGCACUCCUGUUUCAUCACACCGGACAUAACUGGACUUCCAACCAUCCCGGAGAGUAGAAACCUGACGGAGUACUUCGUGGCUGUGGAUGUGAACAACAUGCUGCGGUUGUACGCCAGCAUGCUGCACGAGAGACGCAUCAUUAUUACCUCGAGCAAAUUAAGCACUUUAACUGCCUGCCUCCAUGGAUCGGCCGCUCUGCUCUACCCGAUGUACUGGCAACACAUAUAUAUCCCUGUGCUUCCUCCACACCUGCUGGACUACUGCUGUGCCCCAAUGCCAUACCUGAUUGGAAUACACUCCAGUCUCAUAGAGAGAGUGAAAAAUAAAUCAUUGGAAGAUGUGGUUAUGUUAAAUGUUGACACAAACACAUUAGAAUCACCAUUUAAUGACGUGAACAGCCUACCCAGUGAUGUGGUCUCGGCCUUGAAAAAUAAGCUGAAGAAGCAGUCCACAGCUACGGGAGACGGAGUGGCUCGGGCCUUCCUGAGGGCGCAGGCGGCUUUGUUUGGCUCCUACCGAGAUGCUCUGAGAUACAAGCCUGGCGAGCCCAUCACCUUCUGUGAGGAGAGCUUUGUAAAGCACCGCUCAAGUGUGAUGAAACAGUUCCUGGAGACUGCAGUUAACCUUCAGCUGUUUAAGCAGUUUAUUGACGGUCGACUGGCAAAGCUUAAUGCAGGAAGAGGUUUCUCUGAUAUAUUCGAAGAGGAGAUCACUUCAGGUGGCUUCUGUGGAGGGAGCCCGCGGUCAUAUCAACAGUGGGUGUAUACAGUCAAGAAAGGAGGAGCAUUGUUCAACACAGCAGUGACCAAAGCGACUCCUGCUGUGCGGACAGCCUACAAAUUUGCAAAGAGUCACGCCAGACUGGGACUGAAGGAGGUGAAGAGCAGACUGAGACACAAGGACAAUGAGGAGGAUUUUGCGACCUGUUCUGGUUUGGUACAGUACACACCAGUGUACACCUUGCACCAUGAAAGGGGAGAAACCAGAGAGAAGCAGAAGCUUUCCCAGGCACACUUGAAAAGGCCCCAUAAGAGCCUCGACGGCACCCUGUAUGACGAUGAUGAUGACAUCGAAAGGGCAAGCAAGAUAUCUUCUGAAGACGGUGAAGAAACAUCUGCCUAUUUCUACGAGAGCGACGACUCUGUUGACGCACAGGUGAAGGCUCCUUACUCAGGUGAGAUGGAUUUACUGGGCGAGAUCCUGGACACGCUGAGCACACACAGCUCUGACCAAGGAAAGCUGGCACCCGCCAAGAGCCUGGAUUUCUUCAGAUCCAUGGACGACAUUGACUACAAGCCCACGAACAAGUCCAACGCUCCCAGUGAGAAUAACCUGACCCUACUGUGUGCUUCUGGCGAUCAGGGAGAGUGGAAUCUCGGACAGGAUGACAGCGCCCUCCAUGGCAAGCACCUCCCUCCAUCCCCCAGGAAAAGAGUUUCCUCCAGUGGGUUGACAGAUUCCCUAUUUAUCUUGAAAGAGGAGAACACUGAGAAGCCCGUCAGUGCUGACAGUGCAAGUGUCCCUACUGUGGUGGAAAAGUCCGCUUCUACUUCAGAUUCGGGUUUCCAGCCAGCCACCCCUGAAGCUUCCCAGACGCAUACAGGAAAACCAGAAGUGAAGCAAACACUAAGUCAGGCUUCAGAUGAUCUGCUGGUACCCAGCCCUGGGAACCGCCAGUCUACUUUUGUUCCCUGGGAAAAAGCUGGGAAAGAGGAGACGAAGCCUUCAAAAGAUGUUGGACUUCUCCAAGAAGUAGUGUCAUUGUGUCACAUGUCAUGUGACUUCCAACAAGGUUUAAACAUUUCAGAAGAAAGCAAAAGUGAAAACCAAACUUAAGGUACCAGUAGAGGGGUCAGUUGCUUGCCUCUUGGCUUCUCCAGAGACAUGGAAUUACUUCCCCAUGAUGGGAACAGUAAAGAGAAUCACUGAUAGGAAUGAUAACCUUACUGCUGUCUAGUUGGUUUCCCUGUCUGUUCAUCUCAUGGAUCUAUAUUACCAUUGGUUCCCCAGCGUAAAAUGAAUUCUACUGUGCUGUUAAAUCAGGUACUAAUUUGUACAUAGGCUGAAAGUGUGUUUGGAACUUAAGCUUUCCCAGUAUUUGGUGCUUAAUGCUGUUCAUUUUAUUUAAAAUAAGUGUGCAUAUAUAACCCCUAUAUAUAGCCAGUAUGUACUGUACUAAUCUGGCUGAGCAUGAACUGAUCAAGAUGUCAAAACUGAACAAAAAUAGCCUGACACUGAUGAAACUGUUAACCCACUAAUUGCCUUAAUCCUCCAGUUCUAUUAAGCAUACAGAUAACACGUGAUGCUACAUGCGAAGCUUGAAAGAGGAGUUGUCUUGUCCCGCAGAGCAAUAAUGCCUUUUUCUAUCAGGAAUUAAGCUCACCAUUUCUUUCAAGUUCAAAUGCACUCUAGUGGAAAUUACUUGCUUUUUAUAAAGACAUGCAGCCAUGUUUUCCAAACACCGUGAAUGUGUGUAUUCACCUUUCAGUGAACUAUAUUAAGUGCUGAAUUACAAUGUGAAGUGAAAAGCUUCUGCUUACAAAGAAGCCCCGCAGACAAUGUUCGAUCUCUGUGUACAUGUUAACUACAGUCCACCUCCAGAAAGCCAAAUGCCCUGCGGAGUCCAGAUAGGCAGUUGUCCAGCUCUUCUCCUAACUGACUUGCUGUGAAGAUGCUCAUAGCCUUACCUUGUGUUUGCUUUUUAAAUAAUUAACUUUGUGUUUUAAAUGUUGUAGAUUUGUAGGAAAAUGCAAAGAUGGUACUGAGUUCCCAUCGCCAUGGAUCCUGUGUCUGCUGUUGCUAGCAUCCUGUGUAGUACGCUGCCAUUGCC